AUGCUCAAUCCAAAGACCUUUCUCAUCGACUAUGAACAAGCUGCCAGGAGUGCCAUUGAAGAGGUCUUCGCCAACGCAACAGUCAAGGGAUGUUUCUACCACGUAUUGCAAAACACAUAUCGCAAGGUGCAAUGUGAGGGAUUACAAGGAAAAUAUCAAACUGAUGCUGACUUUGCCCUGAAAAUUCGAAUGCUACCAGCUCUGGCAUUCAUCCCACAAGGUGAAGUGGCUGACACAUUUGAGACACUGCAAGAGACUAUGCCACCUGAAGCUGAUCCUGCCAUAGACUACUUCGAAUAUAUUGUACAUACACUGGCAGACAACGUCGACAUAAUAGGCGAGCUCCACGUUUCCCUGUCAGCAUGUGGAAUAUUUACGAUCGUGUAG